UUUAGUCCGGCUCAGGUGGGUGAAAUCGUUUUCCCUUGUCAGUAUGUGAAUUUUAUAGCAGCAAUAAAACAAUGAUAGGAAUUUGUGCCUAUUUUGGAUAUUUAUAUGUUUCAACUUUUUAAAUAAAUGGAGAAGAGGAAAUAAAUAUUAUAGGGGAAAAAAUUAUUGCGGAAAUUGAAUCUGCUUGCGAGUAGAAAAAAACCUAUCACCGAUCACAAAUAGACCAGGUGUCGCCCACAGAUACUUGGUCAAUAUUCUUCACGUAACUUUUCGCCAGGAUGAAAGGAUAAUAUUACUUAAUAUGUACAAUGUUAAAAGAAUAUACAUUAGAAAUGACACGAGUUCUAGAAAACGUUUAUUUGUUGGUGUUUUUGAUAUUUGCUCCGAAUCGUGCGUUGUUUUGGAGUAUCGGUUUAAUGUGUGACGUCAAUGUUUUUGAAUAUUGUCAGAUGGCAGUGACGUCAUCUUUGUCAAUUGACGAACAGAUGGACGUAACGUUAGUGAAUGCUACGGAUAAUUUUAUUUCAAAUCUCAAGCUGCUGAAUGAAAAAGAAGAUACCCACAACAUAACCACGUGGAUGGGAUUUGGUAGAGACCACGUGACUAACGCAGUCUCGUGCGUGGCACGUGGUCGCAACAGGCCCGGGUUGAUAUACACCACUUCCCAUCGAAGAGAAACGAUCUACUCAGAAGACGUGCUGCUGUUGCACCCAGAUCGGGAGGGUCUUGCAAGCGCCGUGGUAUCACUUAUCGGGAUGCGUGUCGUCGGGCACGCUUUCCUCAUGUAUGAAGACAUCUACUCGGGGGAUGGUUUCCUGGAAGUGUUUAGCAGAGACCAGUCCUAUAGCAUGGAGAACAGGAGCCACCUGGCGGCGGUGCGGCGGGGACAGACGGACGCAGAGCUGAGGCUACAGCUGCUCACUAUCCACGACGCCGGUUUCCGGAUUCUCGUUGUUCAUACAUCCCAUGCCAUGUUCCAUAGGAUCGCCACCGUGGCCUCCAGUCUUCGCUAUUUCGACACGGGAUUCGCGUGGCUGCUGACCGAGCUGGCUCUGUUUCCGACCGCCAUGUCGACGGUGAAGCGCGAGGCCGGCGGGUCGACCCCGACAGGGCUGCUCGCCGUAGACGGUUUUGAGGAGGAUAUGUAUGAGGAAAUCAUCGUACUCGCUGUAAAAAGUGUAAGAAAUGCUACCAUGUUGUUGGUAGAGGACGCACAGAGCUUUGGUUUGAACACGUCAUACCUAGCAUCUAACCUCCAGUCAGUAUUGUCAUCAAGAGCCGACGUUAGCAGUGCUUUAAAAAGAAAUAUUUUAUCCAACACAAAACUGUUUGACGAAAAUGGACGCCGAAAAACCAUGAGAUAUCGUCUGCUGAAUUACAUGGGUGCGGUUGGUACCCAUGACUUCAGAGCCAUUCAUAAUUUCUCAACCGGGUCCUUUUGGGAAACUGUUGGAUUUAUCACAGACGGUAACCUUGACCUUGACACCGUUGUCUGGCCUGGGCAGACGAUAUUUGGACCUUCGGACCAAGCGCGGGAGUUUUUCACGGUGGUAACUCGUCCAGCCGAACCUUUUAUUUACAUCCGGGGACCUGUGCACUCACGUGCUUCCUGCACAACGGAUACUGCUUGCAUAGAAGUGUUUACUCACGAUCCUUUGGAAAUAAAUGGAGCCGUGCAAAUGUUUAAAAGAGAUAUAAGCCCAGUGAAUAAUAAUUACAGGAUCUUCUGCUGCGAAGGAAUGGUGGUGGACAUUUUGCAUUCACUGUCUGUCGAGGUGAAAUUCGAUUUUCUAAUGUAUUUCAAUAAUAAUUCUAUGUUUGGACGUAACGUAAACGGCUCAUGGAACGGCAUAAUUGGCGACGUUGCAAACGGCGCUGCUGACAUCAUAGCUGGGGCAAUAACGAUGACGUCAGAGAGACUGCAAGCCGUAGAUUUUACGGAGUCGUUUUAUUUUUCGUCUUACAAAAUUGUCACUGGCGCAGAAGAAAAAGUUACUUCGUUAUUCGCGUUUAUAAGUCCGUUCCAUCCAACUGUGUGGAUAACAAUCAUCGCCAGCGCUAUUACGGUUGCCAUUGCAACCUCAUUGUUCGAAUGGAACAGUCCAUUUGGUCUGAACCCGUGGGGAAAGAAGCGGAAGAAGAAUUACACGCUUGGUUCAGCCCUCACGAUGGUUUUCUCGGUGUGGUUUGGCCACACGGUACUUACAAAGUCUCCUAAGAGCUGGCCGUCCAAGUGGCUUCAGAACUUUUGGGCAGGCACGGCGUUGACACUCUUGGCCGGCUACACGGCCAAUCUCGCCGCCUUUCUCGCUGGAAGUGCCUACGGGGAUCCAUCCUUUAGCAUUCUCGACAGCAAGUUACUGAACCAGCGUGUAGGGGCGGUGCGCACCAGCGCCGUUGAAGAGUAUGUAAAGGUCGUCAACGCGGCCCUGGGUACGAAACUAAGGAAGCACUAUGUUAAUGAUCUCCCAGAGGCCUUCCGGAAACUCAGGAGCGGCGAACUGGAUAUGUAUAUGGACGACACUCCUCUAUUGGAGCACGCGCUCUCUAUCAUGGACGAUAACUGCUCCAUCCAUAUUGCAUCCAGGCACUUCGGAGAGAACUCGUACGCCUUCGGAGUCAAGAAGGGAUCAUGGAUAAAGCAUCGCCUUGACGGGCUAUUGCUUAACUACGUGGAGUUGGGAUACAUUGAAGACCUUAUGUGGAGGUACAUGGGCCAUAACCGCCAGUGUAACGGAAAACCACCCGUCGACCUUCAUUUUAACGAUCGGAAAUUCGGAUUUCCCCACACGAAGGGACUGUUCGUCACGCUGCUUGCGACAAUAGGACUGGCGCUCGUUUUACUGGCGCUCGAGCACCUCGUGUAUUUCGUACUCGUGCCCAGGUUGCGGGGACAACCACCUAGCAGCAUCUGGAUGAGUCGGAACGUGGAAUACUUCAGCCAGAGGCUGUACAAGGCGCUGAACAGCGAGAAGGUCGAACCGCCUGCCCGUGUUAUCAUGUCGAAGGUCAGACAGCGCAAACUUCUCUUACAGAGCGAGCUGCAGUAUAGACUAGGAAAAAGGGCUGAGAGUACAGCCAUUUUGUCGCGCCUCAAAACACGUGGGCACUUCAUAGACCUCGGCGUAAGAUUAAGGAAUUUGUACAAGUCCCAGAGUAACCUAAACAGUGACAACAUUUUCACCAUACCCGACCAUUGCGGGUAUGAGGGGUCCGCCAUUGACCAACACCUUCAUCAUGUCUGCUUCCGGUACGCGCAUGCGCCUGCAGAAAUUGACCACCAGAAGCUGUCGUAUCGCGAAAAUGCGCAAGACUUUGUAUUUGACAAUCCUGUUUUCGAACUAGACGCCACUGACGGCGAUUUUGAUUUUAAUAUGUCCAAUGAAAACUCGGCUAGCUCUUAUAGUCAGCCGUCGAACAGUCGAGUUCGCUUUGAAAAUUUGUCCUUGAGAUCAGGAGUGAAAGUAAAGACUGUUACAAGUAAUAAAACUGCUUCAAUAUCUGAAAGUCCUGUUACGUUUAGUCCGCGCGUAAGGCGAUAUGAAACUUGGCCGUCACCACAGACAAGAAGGCGGAGCCAGAAACGAUGUCCGGAUAAUAAUAUGCGUUUCUUUUCGUCGGACGUCGGGCAAAACAGUCUGUCUUCUAAGCACAUGAUUGUGAAUGAAAUCGAAACUACUCGGUGCAGAAGUUGCUCGACCCAAUCAACCGACAGUCCUUAUAAAAGACACCCAUGUUCACGCUUAGAAAUGAAAGACAAUCGAGUUAAAUCGAACUUACGUCAUCACGCGAUGGCGUCUUUUGAGCGUCGCGCUUCAUACCAGCUCGACGCUAGUGCUGUCGAGGCGCUUUCCAAAGAAGAUCUUUUGGUUUUGUGGAAAACGUCAGAAAUUGAGUUGCAGACGAAACUAAACAGGUUGUUACAGCGGAACAAUCACCUGCGCAACCUCGUGGACCUCGUGCAGGCACAGCAGCACGCACCGCGUGCGGUGCAGAGUGAAUGUGCAGACGACACUUCGUCGGCAGACGACAUACAACCGUUUAUCAUAACUACCAGGCUGUAAUAUGUGUUUAUGACAUACAUUUUCACAUAUUAAAGAUUGUUGUUUGAAUUAUGAUCUUUAAACCAAUCAAUGUAAUAUUAUAAUAUUUUCCGCACUACUGGCACAAGUGGCCACUAAGGGAAAGUACUCCUGUAAUUCAGUUUAUUACUGUAUACAUAGUUCCUGUAUUUACCUUUGUGGGUUGUCUUUCUUCACUAUUAAGGGAACCUUUAUUGUCAUUAAAUAAAUAAAUAAAAACUUGA